AUGACCCUUCACGACAAAGGAACAGUCAAAGCUAGCCAAAAAUUACCCGGCGAAGCGUACCUUUUGAAAGAUUCGAAAAAUGUCCACGAAUUAGCGCCGAAAUCAGUGUCCGUCGUCCUACACGAAAAUGGAUUCGAUAUAUACUCCUACGCUGCCGAUUACGAAUCGUUUAACCACGAGGCAGUGUUGUACAAAGAAACAUUAAUACGAUGCUCUCUUAACGAGAUCACCGCGUCACUUAAACCGUUUGUCAUACAACUCGAAGCCGGACUGAGGACAAUAUUUAUUUGUUUCAUCGAUCGCGAGGAGAGGGAUGGUUGUUUUACGAAGAUUCUGGCAUCCGUCGGCCAAUUUCUGGUGUUGAAUCCACGCUCACGGAAGAGUUUACUUGGAAAAAGGACAUCGAAUCCACUAAGUCCGGUGUCGCCUCUGAGCAUGUCCACAGCACCGACACUGAAAGACGAACAGCUGUCGCUGUUAUUGAACGCGCUAGAUAUAUCUUCAUCUUCGCGAUGUCUGACCCAAAGUCGCCCAAACUCACCGUUCUCGUUUAGAUUUCCCGGUCUUCUCGUGUCCAUAUGUAACGCAAAACCACGUCGUGGGAAAGACAUUACGAACACUAAAAUCCCCGUGGCAAGGAGCUACACCCUACCUUUUAGUAAAUACGGCAGCGCACGCUCAUGUAAGCAAUUCUCGGCGAGGAACACUAUAUUUUGUGACAAUCAUACGCGGUCCAGUCUAGAGGCUCGCGUCGCCCUAGGAAUACUGAACACGGACCUAGGAGAUGUCAGGCAGUAUCUAGCUCGAUUUUGA